AUGGCCCCGGAAUAUAUAAAGCAUGGGCACUUCUCAGUAAAGUCUGAUGUGUUUAGUUUUGGUGUCAUACUUGUAGAAAUUGUAUGGAGAAAUUGGAACGAAGGGACGGCAAUGGAGCUGGUAGAUUCAACAUUGAGAGAAGGUUGCUCUAGACAACAAGUGAUGAGAUGCAUUCACAUUGGAUUACUAUGUGUUCAAGAAAAUGAAGCUGACAGACCCACCAUGGCGUCCAUUAUGCUCAUGUUGAAUAGCUACUCAGUCACACUCUCAAUACCUUCAUCUCUUGCAUUCUUCCUAAAUAGUAGAAGAAUGGGGUCAGAGGUGCCUUCUGGAGAGAAUGAUUCAAGAGCAACUGAAUCAACAGCUUCUGCAAAUGAAAUGUCACUAAGCCAAUUUGAGCCCCGAUAA